CCCGAGCUGCGGCGGCUGGCGGCGGCGCUGGCGGCGGGGCUGCGGUGCCGGCCGUGCCUGGGGCUGAGCGCCCCGCAGCUCGGGGUGCCGCUGCGGGUGUUCGCCGCCGAGCUGCCGCCCGACCGCUGCGCGCAGUACCCGGCGGCGCUGCGCCGCGCACACCGCAUCGAGCCCUUCCCGCUCCGCCUGCUCGUCAACCCCGCGCUCCGUGUCCUCGAUACCCGCCUCGUCACCGCCCCCGAGGGCUGCGCCAGCAUCCACGGCUUCUCCGCCUACGUCCCGCGGCACUGGGCCGUCCACGUCUCCGGUGUGGACGAGCUCGGGGUGCCGGUGAGCUGGGAGGCCAUGGGCUGGGCUGCCCGCAUCAUCCAGCACGAGAUGGACCACCUGGACGGGAUCCUCUACAUCGACCGCAUGGACCCCCGCACCUUCACCAAUGUGGGCUGGAUGGAGCUCAUGGACUGACCCUGCUGUGCCCACCCCCAGCUGCCCUGUGUGCCCGGGGCCCCUCCGUGCAGUGGGCCCUCUCUAACCCUGGAGAAAGAACCAGCACGGAGCCACAGCCCAGGGGCUCCCACUCAGGUUUAUUGCAGCCAAUAUAGACCUGUGGCCUCA